GUUCCGUUAUUGAUAAUAGCCGAAGUGUUCCAAUUGUCAAAUUCCACAAAAAUUCUUGACGAUCUGAGAAAACAAACGUAUUUUUUCCUCAAUUUUAGAUGACAGUAAUCGUAAUAUAAGCUUAGCAAGCUGAAAAAUGUUCGUUUAUUUAAGUAAAAAGAUUGCUAUUCCAAACAAUACAAAAUUGAGAUGUGUGUCAUGGAACAAGGACCAGGGCUACAUUGCAUGUGGUGGAGAAGAUGGACUUUUAAAAGUGCUUAAACUUGAAACUCAAACAGGGAAAGAUGUGAAAGCCAAAGGUCUAGCUGCCCCAAGUAACCUUUCUAUGAACCAGACACUAGAAGGUCAUAGUGGAGCUGUUCAGGUAGUUACAUGGAAUGGUCAGUACCAGAAACUGACCACCAGUGACCAGUAUGGCCUUAUUAUUGUGUGGAUGCUGUACAAGGGUUCCUGGUACGAGGAGAUGAUCAAUAACCGUAACAAGUCCGUUGUAAAGAGUAUGGCAUGGAAUGCCGAUGGUCAGAAGAUCUGUAUUGUAUACGAGGAUGGCGCAGUCAUUGUCGGCUCUGUGGAUGGGAACAGAAUCUGGGGCAAAGAAUUAAGAGGAACACAACUAGCAUCUGUUGAGUGGUCCCCAGAUGGAAAGAUUCUGUUGUUUGGUAUGGCUAAUGGAGAGGUUCAUAAUUAUGAUAACCUUGGAAAUUUCAUCUCCAAACUGAACAUCUACUGCCUAACAAACUGUACCGGUUCAAUCAAGAUUGCGGGUGUUCACUGGUAUAAUGGAUCUAAUGGAUAUGUAGAACCUAACUGCCCGUGUCUUGCUAUAUGUUUUGAUAAUGGUAGAUGUCAGAUCAUGAGGUCAGAGAUUGAUGAGACACCAAUUCUGAUAGACACAGGAAUGGCUGUUGCCCAGCUUGCCUGGAACCACAAUGGCUCUGUACUGGCGGUUGCUGGUUCCCAGAAGGCUAUAGGCCAGGACAAAGAAGUAAAUGUUGUCCAAUUUUAUGGACCAUAUGGAGAACAUUUAAGGACGUUGAAGGUACCUGGGAAGCAGAUGUACUCCUGCUCAUGGGAAGGUGGAAGUCUACGAGUGGCUCUCGCUGUUGAUUCAUUCAUCUACUUUGCCAAUAUCAGACCAGAUUAUAAGUGGGGUUAUUGCUCUAACACUGUAGUGUACUCGUUCACCAAGCCUGACAGAGUCGAACAUUGUGUCAUCUUUUGGGAUACAAAGAAUGGAGAGAAAUAUGUCAAGUAUGUGAAGAACCUGAUAAGCAUUACAGCAUGUGGUGAUUACUGUUGCCUGGCAACCAAAGCUGAUGAUCUCAACAAUCAGUAUGUGCUUGUUCUAUGUAACUCUAUUGGUACCCCGCUGGACUCAAAGUACAUAGAGAUGGAUCCAGUGUACCUUACAAUGACAAAGACUCAUAUUGUAGCAGCCUCCAGGGAAGCUCUGUACACCUGGCAAUUUAAGAAUCCCAAGAAACUCUCCACUUUGGAGGUAGCUGGUAGACGUAAAACUGGAACAGAGAGAUUACACCAUAUAGAUGACCACCCUACAGGAGGAGCAGGCACAGAUGAUAUAGAUUUUAGCAAAGCCUUCACUGGAACAGAUGACCAGAUUUGUUGUGUGUGUGCCUCAGACAAAAUACUUAUUGUGGGUAGAGAAUCAGGAACUUUGAUCAGAUAUUCUAUGCCCAUGUUGUCACUGACACAAAAAUAUGCUCUAGAAUGUAGACCUCACCAGCUGUCACUCAACUGUACAUCAAGCCGACUGGCUAUCAUUGACAUCAGUGGUGUGUUGACCUUUUUUGACCUUGACACCAAGAUUACAGAUCAAGAUGGUAAAGAAGUGACUGGGGAACAUCUGAAGUUUGAGAGAAAAGAUGUGUGGGAUAUGAGAUGGGCAGAGGACAACCAUGAACUAUUUGCCAUGAUGGAGAAAACAAGAAUGUACAUUUUCAGAAACCUUGAUCCUGAAGAGCCAAUCCUUAGCAGCGGGUAUAUUUGUCAGUUCAAUGACCUACAGAUCAAGACUGUUUUAUUGGAUGAAAUAAUGAAAGACCCAGAGAGUCCUACGAAGGAAUACAUGCAAGAAAUGGAAAUCAAGUCUCUGAGGGACACUAGGGAUCUACUAGAGAAGAUUGGGUUACAGGAUGCCCAGCAGUUUGUUGAGGAUAAUCCUCACCCUCGUCUGUGGAGGCUACUGGCCGAGUCAGCCCUCGAACAACUUAAUCUGAAGAUUGCUGAGCAAGCUUUUGUUAGAUGUAAGGACUUCCAGGGAAUAGAGUUUGUUAAAAGACUUGGUAAUUUACAGAAUGAGAACAUGAAACAGGCAGAGGUUGCUGCAUAUUUCCGGAGAUUUGAGGAAGCCGAGAGAAAAUAUUUGGAUAUGGACAGAAGAGAUCUUGCAGUAAGUCUUCGUAAGAAGUUGGGUGACUGGUUCCGUGUUGUACAGUUGUUGAAGACUGGUUCAGGAGGAGAUGAUCUUCAACUAGAGGAAGCUUGGAAUGCUAUCGGUGACUACUAUGCUGAUAGGCAAAAGUGGCAACAAGCAGUGACAUAUUAUGUACAGGGUAGGAACCAGGAACGUCUGGCAGAAUGUUACUACAUUCUAGAAGACUAUGCUGGACUAGAGAAGAUGGUCUCCAGUCUGCCAGAGAACCAUAAACUUCUACCAGACAUUGCAAAUAUGUUUAUGACUGUUGGAAUGUGUACACAGGCUGUGGAUGCCUUUAUUAAGUGUAACCACAUCAAGGCUGCGAUAGACUGCUGUGUGAAUCUAAACCAAUGGAACAUGGCUAUUGAUCUGGCAAAGACCCACAAUGUCCGAGAGAUUGACUCUCUGCUGGCCAAAUAUGCACAACAUCUGCUCGAGAAAAACAAAAUUGUCAAUGCUAUAGAACUAUACAGGAAAGCUGGACACCAUCUUGAGGCUGCGAAACUUCUCUUUAAGAUUGCCAAUGAGCAAAGGGAGAAAAAGCAGAAACCAUUACAUAUCAAGAAAUUGUUUGUGCUAGGUGGUCUGUUAGUGGGAAAAUUACAGGAAGGUUAUGUAGAUUUGGCUAUGAAGACUGCCAUAGGGUUGAGAGAAUAUGAGGAUGUGUUGGACCCUGCUGACAUCUUCUCUUUAUUAGCUCUGACUUCAAGUGCAAAUAGGGCAUUCAGGAUAUGUUCUAAUGCAUUUAUAAAGCUGGAGACAUUAGACACACUUAGCCCAGAACAUAGGCAACAAUAUGAGGAGUUAGCGCUGGAAAUUUUUACCAAGCACAGUCCAAAAGAUAGUAGAAGUACAACAAUAGAAUGUACAAGUUGCUCCAGCACAAUACCUGACUGGAAAAAGGAAGAAAAUUUAGGUGCCAGAGGAGUGAACAGGUCUAAUGCAUGUCCAAGCUGUGAUACAAAGUUCCCAACAUGUAUCGUAACUGGGAAGCCGUUAAUGGAGUACCAGUUCUGGAUGUGUAGUGCUUGUAAACAUCGGGCAUACGAGUCGGAGAUCGCUCAGCGACAGACAUGCCCGUUAUGUCAUACACCUGUAUAGAGAUGUAUGCUUUAUAGAACUCUGUUAAAUCACAUUCCUGUGUGAACCACCAGUGAUGAAUACUUCCACAUUUUCUGAAUAACUCUGCGAUUUUCUUCUCUUUCCUCAGGAUUUACACUGGCCAAUAUAAAGUGGACAUUUAGAUAUUGAUGUUAAAUUGGUGUCUUCUUCGAUAGUUACUGUGGUAAAUUGAUAGUUAAAACAUGGCAAAUCAAAUGUAUUAAAUACUGGUUACAUUUAAGUUCAGCUUUAUAGAUUUUUGAUGAUCAAGUAUAAUAAACUGUCAGUGGUGACUUACAAAAUCUCAAUGUAUGUACAUUUUUACACUUCCCAGUUAUCAUGUUCCGUCAUAAUAAGGGUUAAAAGGUCAAAGAAAAAGGUCAUGAAAAGAACAGAGAACUGUUUUACCCACAGUCUUCAAACUUAAAAUGACCUACUCCAUUUUUUUGAAUCGUCACACUGACUUAAGAUUUAAAUACAUUUUUUUUCUAAACAAUAACUUGACUCAUCAUUUAAUUUGGACUUCACAUAUUAAAUGUCUGCACAGAAUAGAUACAUGCCCCUUUUGAAAUAUGUAGGUAUAACAGGUAAAAGAAGUCAAGGUCACUGUGAUUUAAAUCAUUGGUCACAAUUUCUACAGAAAACUUAAGUACUGUUUUAAUUGGACCUUUAAAAUUGCAUAGUCAAAUUUCCGUCCAGGUAUUGUGCUAUGGGGGAUCUGUUUUGGAGGUAACUCAUUUGUAAUACUGUUCCUAUAGAUUUUUGUUUAUGAAUUAGUUAUGUUUUGGAUCAAAGUUAUUUACUUAAUUUUAUUUAAUUUAAUU